GAUGCCGACAAAAAUCAAAAUCUUUUGUAAGGAAACCCAAAUUUCCUCCGGCCUCAGUUUUCCGAUCAAUCUCUCCGACUCUCCCUCACAGUUCUGCUUCGCGCUCUUUCCAUGGCGGAUACCCCCACGCGGAACCCCAAGCGUUGCUGCGGCGUCUCUCAGGAUCCAUCCAAGCUCCAUUUCAAUUCGCACCUCGAUCUCGAUCGGGUCGAUUCACUGCUGCAUUCCUUCUUAGGCCUCUCCAAUUCUGCUCUCGACCUCUCCUUCGAUCGCCUCCUCGACUCCAGCCUUUGCGCUUCCGACCAGUGUGACGCCGUCGACGGUGCGCUCCGGUUGGGAUCUGCCCUUCUCGAGGCCGGCAAGAGAGCUUCCAGGGGGCUCGCCGCCAGCCACAACGCAUCCGUUUGGCCUCUUUCAUCUGACAUCACGAUCAAGAUAUUUUCUCUGCUUGGUACAAGGAGUGUGUGCUAUGCAUCAGCUACAUGCUCUUUCUUUCACAAGUGUGCAGCAGAUCCGGCGUGCUAUGCCGAUAUUGACUUGGUCACCCCGGUUCCUAGGGUCAAUAACCUUAUUGUGGCAACCAUGAUUCAGCGUGCUGGAAAAGCAUUCCGGUCUCUCAAGCUUGGAAUUGUACCUAGCCCCAUGACUGCUGCAUCCCGAUCAGCCCAACCGCUGAUUUUUCCUAGACUGGGAAAAGAGGCAUCUACUCUUACAAGAUCAUGCUUGGCCCCCUUGAGUUCCAAUGAUGGCACGAUAGGGUCUUCUCUAAGAAGGUUGCACCUAUGCAAUAUUGAACGUCUCGAUGAUUCAUCACUUAAUGCGGCAUUAUCGGUUUGUUCAUCUUUGCGUGAUCUUGAAGUAGUUGGGCUUAAUGUCGACUUAAGCCAAACUAUUGGAUCAAUAAGCAAAUCAUGUCCUCUGAUUGAACGACUAUUCUUUGAAUCUUCAAAAGCAGGUAGAGAUUGCAGUUUUAAAUUGCAAUCUUGCAGUGACUUGGUGAAUAAUUGUCCCAAUAUAUCUUCAUUGGCACUUAGAGGGUACAAAUUGCAUGACUCCAAAGUUCGUGUACUUUUUAAGGGAUUUCAUAAGCUUAAGUAUGUUGACUUUUCAACAUCCUAUUCUGUCACUGGCUCAUUUCUUAAAAACCUUGGUGGUGAUGCAAGCAGGAAUGUACUUGAGGUCUUAAUUUUGAGAGACUGCAUGCAUUUGAAAGAAGUGGAAAUAGCGAGGUUCUUCUCAACUGUUCUUGCAGGGGAUUUCAAGCAUCUGAAACACAUUGACAUAUCUAAUCGGGAAGGUUUGGCAUCAGAAGUUGAUUGGUACGAAAGAAGCUGCAGCCAAAGUUUUAUUCCAUUUCAGCAAUUGAUGGAGGCAAGACCUGGCUUGUGCCUGUUGGCUGAGUUUCCACAUGAAUGUGAGCUUAAGAAUAGCAGCAACCUUAAUCGCCAAUUCGCCAUCGCCAUUCGCCUCAAUCGCCUGUGUUGUUCGAUAGAUCUAGAGCGUGAGAGCCAAGAGGAUUCGCCGUCUCGCUCGUCAGUCCCACUCUCCACUCUCGAGUCUCGCCCGCUGCCCAGCGCCGACUCGGCUACUCCCUCGCCUGAAAUUCUCAAUCCUCGAGUGCCUGAGACGCCCACUCCCUCAAUCCCAAUUGAAUCAGCUACGGGGCUUAGCCGGAGCGAUCCGUCUGGUAGGCGUGGGAAGUGGACUGCCCUUGACCCGGUUGAAUCUGGGUCAAGUUCGAAGCUUCGCCGCCGCGGAUUCAAGAUGAAGUUUUUAUCAGAUCGGAUGGUGAAGACGCUUUUCCACAUGAAUCCAACUGUCGAAAAAAGCACAUCAAAGCCAAGAUGUUGGCCAACAAGUUCAGCCUCGAGUGCUGUCCUGUACAACAUUGAAUAUCAUGUUCAGGAUGUUCCAUGCAGUACUAGUACUUUGGAGGAGGGGCGUUUUAGUAUAACAGUUGCACAACUUAGGUGUAAGGUUGUGGGGCUUUACGUGUGCUUUGACUGUAGAAGUUUAUGCAAGCUUGUGGAGGUUUACAAGGAAUGUAGACGUCAAGAGUAUGAGCUUGAGAUUGUGGUGGUGUGUUGUCCCUUCUGGGAUCAGACGCAACCAAGUCAGCCAAACUCUGUGAUGAGUUCUCCCCCCUUCCGCCCUCAUUUCAGUGCAAAGGAGACUGCUGUUGCAUUUGGUGAAGAGGGCCAGAUUCAAUCCAUUGAUGCUUCUAAAGUUUUAAAGAGUCAGGCUCCUCCUUCUCUUCCUCCUUCCCAGCGUGACAAGCUGACUGCUUUUCCACAUGAAUCCAACUGUAAAAAAAACCACAUCAAAGCCAAGAUGUUGGCCAACAAGUUUAGCCUCGGGGGUACUCACGAGCUCCCUGCACGCCUAAGUAAUGAGUGUAAGAUCGGCUCAUACUUUGACCAAGAACGCCCCAAAUAUUCUAAAGCCUUCUUGAACGUGCCUGACAUCAAAUUAGGCAAACGAGUCAAGGCUUUAGAUUUGCUAGGGGAUAGCCGGAAUGCUCUAGUUAGUUACUAUGGUAGUGGUAUGGGUGCUGGUGUUAUGGCCUCAGGCCAACAGUCCCUUACCCUGGACAUAUCGGGUAAAUACGUCAUGAUUUGUUGUGUGUUCGUGCCUUCGAUAUGGUCUUCAAAAGAUGCAGACAUGGUUUAUCACACAACCUUAGCUUAUCACGAGCUCGCCAGAAGAGAUGAUUUCGUGCUGGUGGUGGUGCCAAUGAUGAGGAAGGGUUUCUGCUGCUCUUACGAUGCCUAUGAAAUCUUCUUGUCGGCCUUUUCCUGCCUUGUUGUCCGUCUUGUUGACUCGCAGCGCGAGUGCAUCUGCUCGGCACUCGGGUUUAAUGGCAAGAUUAAAGUUUUGAUUCUAGAUCUUGCUCAUAACGUGUUUUUCCAUGGACCAAGAUGUUUCAGCGAUUUGGAGGAGGUGAGCAUGAUUGCUUUCCCUUUACUCCGGAAAGACAAGCUCUCUGUUCAAGUUAUGACUCUGUUCUGGAGGCUAGCUUCCUCAAUGAACUUUUGGGCCUUGUACAACAUUGAAUAUCAUCAUCAGAAUGUUCCACGCAUUAGUAGUACUUUAGAAGAGGGUCGUCUUAGUAUAACAAUUGCACAACUUAGGCGUAAGGUUGUGGGGCUUUACGUGUGCUCUGACUGUAGAAGUUUAUGCAAGCUUGUGGAGGUUUAUUACGGAAGGAUACUUAAAGAUUGAUACGAGUAAUUGAUCCACCAGUAGGUGAUAAUGAAACAAAAUUAGAGGAAUGGUGAAAAAAGAGAAACCAAAUAUGCCAAUAAUUACCCCUCCCUCCUUGCUCUGAGAUGCCACCAAUUAUAUGCCAACACACCAAAAAGUUGAUUACAAACAAAGAUUUGAUAGUUGCAUGGAAUUCAAGAAAAAGGAUUGUUUGAA